AUGAGUGUGGCCGGGGACCGGCCUCCCAAGGCUUUCUCCUGCAUCAGAUGUUUCGAGCGCAAGGUGAAAUGCGACAAGCAGAAUCCGUGCUCCAACUGUGUCAAAUCCAAGGUCGAAUGUGUCUUCCGCGUACCACCGGCCCCUCGUCGGAGGAAGAGACGCCCUCCAGAAGAGAUACUGCUGGCCCGGCUAAAGAAGUGCGAAGAGCUCCUCCAGACCAUGGGCGUCGAUGUCGACAGCAGCAGCACUCCAACCAUAUCGCCCGCUACCACCAAUGACGCCCAGACGAGCGCUUCUCAACUUGGUGCAGAACCCACGUACUCGCGUCACGGGCUCUUUACGGCGCCAGGCAGCAAUUCCGGCCAGUUGAUCGUAGACCGUGGCAAGUCGCGUUUCAUCGAAAACAAUCUGUGGACAAGCGUGUCUACUGAGUUCCAACCGAAGGAAGCCAUCACCGAGUACUCGGAGGAUGACGAUGAGGUUGGCUCUCCUCUCGAAGAGACGUCCGAGUUCAUGCUCGGCUACACCCCGUCUGGCAACUCGAUCCAACAACUGCAUCCGUCGUCGGAUCAGAUCUUUUCGCUGUGGCAGAUCUUCCUGGAUAACAUCAACCCAUUGACCAAGUUCGUACAUCAGCCCACGCUUCAGGAGACGCUCCUUCAAGCAACCAGCAACCUAGACAAUCUGCCCCGAGGCCUGGAGGCGCUAUUGUUCUCCAUCUACAAUGCUGCUGUCUUCUCCAUGGAGGACGAUGAAUGCGAAAUGAAAUUCGGCGAAACUCGAAAGACGCUACUCGCAAGAUACCGACAUGCCACGCGGAAAGCGCUGGCCAGAGCCAGAUUCAUGGGCACGUCGGACAUCAUGGUGCUGCAGGCGUUUGUGCUCUACAUCCUGAGCAUGCGCGAAGUCUAUGACUCGAGGACGACCUGGACGCUGGCGGGCGUGGCGAGCCGUGUCGCACAGGGCAUGGGCAUUCAUCGAGACGGCACCCGCCUCGGAGUAUCGCCGUUCGACACCGAGAUGCGGCGACGCCUGUGGUGGCAGAUCUCGACCCUCGAUUUCCGUUCGGCGGAACUCAGUGGAUCGGGGCGAUUGAUUGACUUCAAUCUCUCCGACUCUGAGCCACCAAGCAACGUCAACGAUGCCGAAAUCCACCCAGGCAUGACCAACCCCCCUGUGUCGCAUACCAGACCUACAGACAUGAUCGCCUGUCUCCUGCGCUGCGAGUUUGGCCGGGUCUGGAGGGAAAAGCAGCUGAAGAAAUCCAGCGGUCCGGCCGGGAGCGCUCCUCUCACGUCACCCUGGGCGACGUCGCUGGAAGAGAAGGACGCCAACAUCAACGAGCUGGAACAGCGGCUGGAGGAGAAAUUCCUGAGAUACUGCGACCCGUCGAUCCCCAUCCAGUUCAUGGCCAUCAUCAUCGGCAGGUCUGCCAUCAACAGUAUGAGGUUGAUGGCCCACCAUCCCCGGAACUACCGCAACCCGGAAGACGUGCCCGCCGAGGAGCGCGAGUACAUGUUCAAUCUGUCCAUCAAACUUCUCGAGUCGGACAACCUGUCUCACGCGUCCAAGGGUUUGCGGCGCUUCAUGUGGCACACCAACGUCUAUUUCGCCUGGCACGCCCUGAUCUACCUGCUCGACGCGCUCCGCACGCGCACUCUCGGCGACGAGGUAGACCGGGCAUGGCAGCAGGUGGAUGAGAUCUUCCACCACCACGCCAACUUCGUCACAGACAAUAGGAAGCCCCUCCAUGUGGCGGUGGGCAGCUUGUGCUUGAAGGCCUACAGUGCAAGAGAGAAGGCGCUCCGCGAAUCUACCAACGGCAUCUUUCCCAAAGUCAUUCCCGAAUAUAUCAAAACACUGCGCGACCAGCGCCGGAAUGCAGCUGACCUGGCUCCUACUUCAUCAGUGACCUCUUCAACUGACGCGAACCAUCCCCCUAACGCUGCCGAUGCCGCUGCCGCGGGCUUCGCCGAGCCCACGAAGACCAACCACGCCGGCCCCGUGGACUCUGCAACUUCUACCAACUACAACUUUCACUUCUCCACUCAAGCCACCGGCCCUGGAGCCCAGCUUCCACUUCCGCCGUUUCAGCCAGCACAGCUCCAGAGUCCCCCCGACUAUUCCAUUUUUGCUUCGGAUCCGACGCUCGCCCAGGAUCUCGCCAUGGCCGAUAUGCCCCUCGACUGGUCACAAUGGGACUACAUGAUGCAAGACUUUCAAGAAACCAGCUGA